GAAAACUGUGGUUAGAUUAAACUUCAGAUUAGUCGUAAUAGAGGCAACUGGUUAUAGUUUGGAUUCGGGUUUUAAUCUGGUAAAUCCCUGGUUGAAACGACUGGUUGUUGUUAAGGUCAGAGUUAGCCUCAUCUUGAAGUGAUUGUGAAACUGACUUCUACCCAGCACCGACCCGGGGUCUCAUGGUUGACGCAGAUCCCCGACCAGUUGAAUGAGUGGAUUUUAAAGUAGAAAACCAUAGACUGUAUAUGGUAGAAACCAGUAUGAAUGGUCGUUUUGUGUCCGGUAGAAAAACGUGUCUUUAACCCGGUGGUUUCCGGCUUCACAGUCCGAGCAGCGCAGCGUUGAACCCCGGGCUCGGUCAUUCUGAAGCUAGCUAGCGGCUAACGUUAGCAUCCGGAGCAGAAGCUGGUGACCGGACUCUCUCCACGGUCCUAACAUCAUGCUUCCCCGGGCGGGUAAAGACUUUUUGGUGCGGAUACAGUUCUUCUGGCGGCCGCUUUUCCAGGGCCGGUACCUGCUGCUCACCAACACCCUGAGUGGAGGAAUCAUGCUGUCACUGGGAGACAGUCUGCAGCAGAGCCGGGAGAUCCGCAAAGAGCCAAAAACAAUCAGAGACUGGAAGAGGACAGGCUCCAUGUUUGUGGUGGGCUGCUCCAUGGGUCCUCUGCUGCACUACUGGUACUCCUGGUUGGACAGAUUCUACGUGGGCAGAGCCAUGCACACGGUUGGAAAGAAGGUUCUAGUGGACCAGCUGAUCGCCUCACCAACAAUCGGGUUGUGGUAUUUCUUAGGUAUGGGCCUCACGGAGGGACACACUUUAUCCGAAGGAUGGGAGGAGUUCCGAGGGAAGUUCUGGGAAUUUUAUAAGAUGGAUUGGUGUGUCUGGCCUGCCGCUCAGAUGAUCAACUUCUAUUACCUCUCGCCCAAAUACCGUGUCGUGUACAUCAACGUGAUCACGUUAGGGUGGGACACCUACCUCUCCUACCUCAAACACAGAGAUGACAGUCUACACACUCACCUGACGUCAGACAGCGGCGCUGUGGAUUUACAGCAGGAAGCGUCCAAACCUCUGGAGGAGAAACCUUAG